AUGAGAGCCCUCCUUUGGAACUGCCGGGGUGCAGGGAAGCCUUCCUUUGCUCCGGCUUUUCGUAGGUUGGUGCAUCUGCAUAGACCUGAGAUUUGUGUUUUGUUUGAGACUCGAUUAUCCGGGCGGAGCCUUCAGAAGGCUAGAGCUGCAGUUCCGAGGUCUUGGGGAUUUCAUGCAGUGGAAUCUCAAGGUUUAUCUGGUGGUAUUAUUGUGACUUGGGCACAAGGGGACUAUGAAGUUGAUGUAUUCAAUGUAUGCAAACAAGAGGUUAUCCUAGUAAUAUCGGAAGCUAAUCGCAGCCCUUGGGUACUAGCAGCAGUGUAUGCCAGCACAGACUACAGAGAGCGCAGGCGGUUGUGGGCGGAGGCGACUCAGCUUAUAAAUCAGGGAUAUCCUAUGAUAGUGGCAGAUUUGGGGUUCUCGGGCCCACAAUUUACUUGGUGCAACAAUCAGCAGGGGCAGGCCCGGGUUUGGGAGAGAUUGGACAGAGCCUUUGCCACACCAGGGUGGGUUCAGUGUUUCUCUGACUAUCAGGUCCGUCAUCUGCCGAGGAUUGCAUCCGACCACUGUCCCUUACUGGUUAGUACUGAUGCAGUUGUCUCUUUUCGCUCCCCCUUUAGAUUUGAGAAGUUUUGGACGUGUUAUCCACGGUCUUGGGAGAUUGUUAGGGCGGCAUGGGGCGUACCGGUGAGAGGUGAUGCUAUGUAUCGUGUGUCUCGUCUAUUGGAGCUGACGAAGAGAAGGUUGAAAAGGUGGAACCAGGAGGAGGUGGGGAAUAUUUUUAGGAGGAUUGAGGAGGCCGAGGAGGCCAUUGCCAAGCUACAGACUCAGGAGGCCGGGGAGGGAGGCUUGGCAGAGGAGGAGUUGGGGGAGCUCAGGUCACUUCUAGCCAUGCAUGAUUCCCUUUUGAGACAGCAGGAGAUCCUGUGGAGACAGAAAUCGAGGGUACAGUGGAUCCAGGAGGGGGACCGGAAUACUAGAUUUUUCCACCAGGCGGCAGUAAUUAGGAGGCAUCGGAACAGGAUCAGGGCGAUCAGGGAUGAGGAUGGGCAGCUAGUGGAGGACCCAGAUAUGAUUCGUAGGGUGUUGGAGGGCUUUUUCAGGGCUAGAUGGUCUGAGCAGACGGGCCCCGUGGCUUCAGAGGGUCCUGUGCCACCUUCGAUACGGGUGGUGGAGGAGGAUACAGCAGCACUGAUUAGGCCGGUAUUGGCUAGGGAGAUUCAGGAGGUGAUGUGGUCCCUUGAGGGGGACAAGACACCCGGCCCGGACGGCUUUCCACCAUUUUUCUUUCGGAGGUACUGGAUGAUUGUGGGACAGAGGGUGACGGAGGCCAUACAGCAGUAUUUUAGUACAGCCGUGAUGUCUACAGAUUGGCAGAGGACCCUAGUCACCCUGAUACCGAAGCGACAGGAUGCUUCUGAGCCGAGUCACUUUCGCCCGAUCAGCCUGUGUACUACUUUGUACAAGGUGACGGCGAAGAUACUAGCUUUGAGACUGAGAGAUAUUCUACCGAGACUGAUUAGCCCGGAGCAGGGGGCUUUUGUGGGAGGGCGGAGUAUUACAGAUAAUGUCCUUAUUGCGCAGGAGUUUAUGUUUGAUCUUGGUAGGGCCUCUAGUAGGAGGAGUUUGAUGGGGAUCAAGCUUGACAUGGAGAGAGCAUAUGAUAGGAUGAGAUGGGAUUUUGUGCAGCAGUCCUUGCAGGGAUUUGGUUUUCCUGAGGCAUGGAUCAGAUGGGUUAUGGGAUGCAUCAGAGCCCCCUCUUUUGCCAUCCCGGUAAAUGGAUCGCCUUCACGGAAUGCUAGCAUCUUUGAGGGUAGGCGAUUACCCCCACGGAUGGUGGUGGACAGAGCCAUGCGUUAUGCCAGGGAGGUUACCACAGCUGCCAUUAGCUUCACUUCUGAGAUAGCCAGGGACAUCUGGGGUACUCUUUCAGCUGCCACAGCGCCCAGUAUGUCGGUGGACGGGGUGUCAGGAGGAGCUGGCUUUGUUAUCAGAGACCAUCGGGGUAGGCUGAUUGCUGCUGGUGGGUGCCGUACGCCGGGAUUUACCGCAGUUGGGGCAGAGCUGCGGGCAGCCUGGGAGGGCAUAGCAUAUGCGAGGCGGGUACUUCGUGCUGAGCAUAUAUGUCUUGAGGGAGACUCCUCUGUGGUGAUCGAUUGGAUACGAGGAGUGGACAGAUUUGGUGAUAGUCAUCCCCUCAUCCGUGAGGUUAGGCGAUUGGCUCAGGAGCUGAGUGACUUCCAGGCCGCACAUGUUUUUCGGGAGGCGAACAGUGUGGCAGACUGGGUUGCCUCUUUUGUUGCCCGGCAUUCAGGAGAGGUCAUAUGGACAUCUGUAGGAGAUAUUCCUCCCACCUUUUACUCUUUGCUUUCCUUUGAUUUGGCUGGAUCUAGUGGUUUUUCCGUAAAUUCCCUGGUUUAUACGUUUCCAGCCCAAGCAAAAGUUGCAAUUGAUUUCAGGAGACGUGAAAUAGAAGAACUCUGA